GAUCAGAAAGAGGCUCACAACGUCCAGGGCAAAUAUGCAACCCAACGCACUGCACAAGCUCUGCUGAUAGUCUGUAUUUAUUUUAAGAAGAAGAAUACGAAGGUUUCAACAAGUGGUCUUUAGUGGACAUUCGGGACAGUUGUAGGCCUACAUACAUUUCCAUUGCGUCCCUAAGCAAUAAUGUUCCAGAGUUGCACCCUGGUUUUGUUGGUGGCUCUCUGCUACGCCGUAUACCAGACAGAGGCGGAGGGGUGCUCUGGGUCAUCAUGUGAAGGGAAAUGUGACUGCAGUGGAGUGAAAGGAGCAAAGGGUGAGCGUGGAUUUCCUGGUCUCCAAGGCAACAUGGGGUUCCCGGGCAUGCAGGGCCAUGAGGGACCCGCAGGGCCGAUGGGCCCUAAGGGAGAGUAUGGCGAGUCGGGGACUCCCGGGAUGAAAGGAACACGUGGUCCUAAUGGUUUGCCAGGCUUCCCAGGAAACCCAGGGCUUCCGGGCAUCCCUGGACAAGACGGCCCUCCUGGAUCGCAGGGUAUCCCAGGGUGCAAUGGAACAAAGGGAGAUCGAGGGACAGACGGACAGUCUGGGUUCCCUGGUCUGCAGGGUCCUCCUGGUAUCCCCGGACUUAUGGGAAUGAAAGGAGAUGCAGGUGGUGUUAUUGGAGUCAUCCCACUGAAAGGAGAUAAAGGAUUCCCUGGAACACCUGGUUUACUGGGUCCCAAUGGCCCCUCGGGGCCUGAAGGCCCACCAGGAAACCAGGGAUCAGAUGGACCCAGAGGUUUCCCUGGCCCACCUGGCCCCAAAGGAGAAAAGGGGGACAGGCUGUCUUUCCAGAGUGAGAAGGGAGACAAGGGACAACAAGGGUUCCGUGGCCCACCUGGCCCCCCUGGCCCCCCCGGACCUCCGUCACAGGAAGCGGGAGGAAAUGCGGUUUUAAAUUACCUCCCAGGACCACCGGGUCAGAGAGGAGAUACAGGAGACAGAGGAGAGAAAGGUUUUUGCAUUCCACAUCUAAACGGGGUCAAGGGUGAACAAGGGCUACCAGGACCAAGGGGAAAACCUGGCAAAGAUGGAGAAAAUGGAUUUAAGGGAGAGAGAGGCUUUCCUGGUGGCCCUGGAUACCAUGGAACACCGGGUGAAAAGGGAGAGAGAGGCCCUCCAGCAAAUGGUGAUGGUGCUCCUGGCUCUCCUGGACCCCCUGGCCUCCCAGGCUUGCAAGGAGAAAGAGGUUUCCCUGGUAUUCAAGGAGCUCUGGGCCUACCAGGCAGGCACAUUGAGGGACCCCCCGGAGAGAAGGGCCGGCCAGGAGAGGUCGGUCAGAAGGGAGACAGAGGUGCAGAAGGGGAGUCUCUCAGAGGAAAGCCUGGACAAGAUGGGCUUGUAGGACACCCUGGUCCUCCCGGACCCCCUGGGGAUGAGCCAUGUGAUCCGGCCCUUGAAAAGGGCCCACCUGGGCCCCCCGGCCCACCUGGACUACAGGGGGAGUUAGGACAGAAAGGUGAUCAGGGAGACACGUGUGUGCAGUGCGAAGCCUUCGGCCCAACUGGACUCCCUGGCCCCCAGGGGCCCAAAGGACUGCAAGGUUAUCCUGGAGCGGCAGGCAGUAAAGGAGACAAGGGUGUGCCUGGACCUGCUGGGCUUGAUGGAAGCCCUGGUAAUUCAGGUACUCCUGGGUUGGUAGGUGCUCCAGGAGCCCAUGGUGAACCUGGCGACAUCUACCUGGCUCCAGGGCUGAAGGGGGACAAAGGUCUGCCUGGUUUCGUUGGCACACGAGGUCUACCUGGUGUAGAUGGACUGCCAGGGAAAGAAGGACUAGCAGGCCUGCCUGGAUCCAAAGGAGAACCUGCCAGAGAGGGCAUCAAGGGGGACCGUGGUCUCGAUGGGGACCCUGGUUUCUCUGGACCCCCAGGAGAGAGGGGUCCUCCUGGGGUACCAGGGUUUGGCCGGCCGGGGGAGCCUGGAGAGAAGGGUACAUCUGGUCAACAAGGCCGACUUGGAAUCCCUGGACAACCAGGAGUGAAAGGUGAACCAGGUAAAGAUGUGAGCUCACCUGGACCCCAGGGCUCCCCCGGACCUCGAGGACAAUCUGGCAUCCCUGGACUACAAGGUGACAGAGGACUUCAGGGAGACCCUGGAAUGCCAGGAUUCCCCGGACAGAAAGGUGACUCAGGUGUCCCCGGCAUUGGAUUCCCAGGAAUACCCGGGCCUAAAGGAUACUCUGGAGCUCCAGGAGCCCCUGGGUUGCCAGGAGAGCCUGGGAGAUCUGGACAGGAUGGUUUCUCUGGAAAACCAGGCACACCUGGUCCAAAGGGUGAGCCAGGUCGGGGUCUACCUGGUCCUAAAGGUUCUCAGGGCCCUCCUGGAGAGACAGGUUUUCAUGGAGAUAAAGGCAACGUUGGUCCAACUGGUAUUCCUGGACAAGAGGGACACACAGGACCACCUGGAGCUCAGGGAAUUCAAGGUGACCCUGGCCCCCCUGGUCAGCAUGGUGGCACUGGACCCCCUGGACCCCCUGGAUCAGGGGAACCUGGGGCCCCUGGACCAGUAGGACCCCCUGGAGAGCCAGGCCCCUUUGGUCAUGAAGGUGUGAAAGGAGAUAAGGGCUUCCCUGGCUCUCCUGGUCUGGACAUGCCCGGCCCCCAGGGAGAGAAGGGAGACUCAGGAUUCCCUGGACUGUCUGGAUCAAAAGGGUUGCCAGGAAGACCUGGCCCGGCUGGCAGAGACGGAUUCCCCGGAGACCCAGGCCUCAAGGGAGAGAUGGGAGUCAUGGGAACGCCUGGAACACCAGGAUAUCAGGGUUCUGCUGGGAGCCCUGGAACUCCUGGACAGAGAGGCAACCCGGGUGUCUCUGGGCCUAGGGGGGAGUUUGGUGAGCCUGGACCCAAAGGAGAGAGGGGAGAGCAGGGUCUGCAGGGUCCUCCUGGCAACAUGAGUGAGCUGAACAUGGGGUCCAUGAAGGGACAGAAAGGAGACAGCGGAGACCCAGGUGACCCUGGACACACCGGAGAGAAGGGUUAUCCUGGACAGGCCGGAGUACCUGGUAUGCCAGGAAAGGAUGGAGAGCCCGGUACACCUGGUCAACCAGGUGAGAAAGGAGACACAGGUGUUCCUGGUGAGCCCGGCAGUACUGGCUAUCCUGGAAACAAAGGAAGCAUUGGAGAAAUGGGAUAUCCAGGUUCUGUGGGUCCGAAGGGUGCUAAAGGCAUUGUGGGCACAACGGGUCACCCAGGGUUCCUGGGUACAGAGGGGGUGAAAGGAGACAAGGGAACAGUCGGUUUGCCAGGUGUCGGAGUGCCAGGACCUCCUGGAGAGAAGGGUCAGUUGGGUCUAACUGGUUUCCCUGGUAACGCAGGAGAGAAGGGUCAGAAGGGAGGAAUGGGAGUCCCCGGGAUGCCAGGAACACCAGGAACAAAGGGAGACACUGGUUACAUUGGUCACCCAGGUCAGCCGGGUCGGCCAGGAGAGAAAGGUGUCGGUGGGCUGCCCGGGUCAACAGGAGAGCCAGGUCAAACAGGUCGACCAGGUGAGCCUGGUCUGCAGGGUCCCCCAGGUCCGACUGGAGAGAAAGGAGAGUCAGGAGUGGACGGCAUUCCUGGAUCAUCAGGAGACAGAGGAGACCAAGGUUUUCCUGGCAGAGGCUUCCCAGGAACGCCGGGGUCGUCUGGGUUUAAAGGUGAUAAGGGUAGUCCAGGUUUCCCAGGAUCCCCAGGUAUCCCGGGUAUCCCAGGGACCAGGGGAGAGAAGGGUACGGCAGGCUUCCAGGGCUCCCUGGGCCAGCCAGGAGAACAGGGCCACCCAGGACCCUCCAUGGAGGGGCCCAAAGGAGACCAAGGAGUGCCAGGAAAGCCUGGAGAACCAGGUACCAGUGGUGUUCCAGGUCCUGCUGGUGUUCCCGGCAGCGCGGGGGGGAAGGGAGACAAGGGAGAUCAGGGUGGACAAGGAGUACAGGGCGAGCAGGGCUUAAAGGGAGAACGAGGAUACUCUGGACUUCCUGGGCAAUCUGGCCUUCCAGGUGUUGAUGGACUGAAGGGAGAGAUGGGACUGCAGGGUGUGCCUGGUUUCCCAGGGACAAAGGGUGAAUUGGGUGUGUUUGGAUUGAAAGGAGAGCUGGGAGACAGAGGAUUCCCAGGAACUAAAGGUAAUGAUGGCCCCCCUGGUCCUCCUGGCCUCCACACCUUCAUCAAGGGAGAAAGCGGCUUCCCGGGUAGUCAGGGCCCUCAGGGGCCUGUGGGGCCCUCAGGUUUCCCUGGGCUGAAAGGACAGCAAGGUAUGACAGGUAUUCAGGGUAUUAAAGGUGACGAGGGAAACCCUGGGAUUAACGGUCUCCCCGGAGCCAAGGGAGAACCAGGCCUGCUUGGUCCCUCAGGACCGAGAGGGUAUCCCGGACCCCCUGGACCUGAUGGUGUUCCGGGUCAGGUAGGUCCUCCCGGCCCCUCCUCCAUGGAGCAUGGUUUCCUGGUAACCAGGCACAGCCAAUCGGUGGAGGUUCCACAGUGUCCAGAGGGAACAUCGCUGAUCUAUGAUGGAUACUCCCUACUCUACAUCCAGGGCAAUGAGCGUUCCCACGGACAGGACCUGGGUACGGCUGGUAGCUGUCUGAGGAAGUUCAGUCCCAUGCCCUUCCUCUUCUGUAACAUCAACAACGUCUGUUACUUUGCCUCCCGUAACGACUACUCCUAUUGGCUUACCUCCCCUGAGCCCAUGCCAAUGAACAUGGACCCUAUCACCGGCCAGGGCAUCAGGCCCUUCAUCAGCAGGUGUUCUGUGUGUGAGGCUCCUGCCAUGGUGAUAGCAGUACACAGUCAGAAUAUCAUGAUCCCAUCAUGCCCCAAUGGCUGGGACUCACUCUGGAUUGGCUACUCCUUCGUCAUGCAUACCAGUGCAGGUGCUGAGGGCUCUGGCCAGGCCCUGGCAUCUCCUGGCUCCUGCCUAGAAGAGUUCCGGAGCGCUCCCUUCAUCGAGUGUCACGGGCGGGGAACCUGCAACUACUACGCCAACUCCUACAGCUUCUGGCUGGCCGCCAUCGAGGACAAUGAGAUGUUUACGAAACCCAUACCCACCACGCUAAAGGCAGGAAGUCUCCGGACUCACAUUAGCCGUUGCCAGGUGUGCAUGAAGAGGACAUAGGCCUCGCCGCUGACCUCUGUGUGACCCUUAACCCGUGACCGCACCAAUCUUUCCGCGGUGUGGCUUGACUUCUUGUUAUUGAUCAAAGGAUGGUGCUAUUUCACUGUGUGUGAGGGAGGAGAAGGACAGAGACACACAGACAACAAAAUACCCAGAGAUUGCCGAAAGAGCAGAUCACACACACACACACACCGGAGACCAAGCCAUAACACCAACCGGCCCUUCGCUCCAUCAUGCAGAACUCUUUACUAACAUUAUCACAACGUUUCUCUAAUGAAUGGCGCCCAGUUUACGACUGCACUGAGUACACCCCCCCUCCCCAUUUGUAAACUGGCGUCCAUUUUGAAAGGGGGUGUUUGUGCAAGUCAGGUGCUAUUGAAUCUUAUCUAUUUGCCUUAUUAUUUUCACUCAAUGCCACUGACUUUCAGCUCUGAGUUACAGUUAUAGAUAUUGUUAUUGUUCUUCACGUCUUUUAUCUUUUUACUCUUUAAGUAACACAGUACUAAUUUAAGAAUGGGAGUUACCACUGGCUACAGAUGCUUGUCACAGUGAGAGAUCACCAUAGGUUAAGUGUUGCUAGCACACAGGCAUAGGGAUGGUUAUGUUGUAAAUAUAUUGCUUUUCUUUUUCCUACUUAACAUAAAAGCCACCAUAAUCUCUAUUUCAAUUUGUAUUUUAUUUAUGAAAUUUAUGAGAAUAUGUAGAGUGGAUUUGAGUUGCCAAAUAACCAUAAACAAUGUGAGAUAUGAAAGUACAGUAUGUUAUUCUGGUCCAGCCGGACCCAGGCACUUAAAGUUACAAUACUGCGUUUAGCAUUACAUGUUACAUUUAGCAUUAUAUGUUACAUUUAGCAUUACAUGUUACAUUUAGCAUUACAUGUUACAUUUAGCAUUACAUGUUACAUUUAGCAUUACAUGUUACAUUUAGCAUUAUAUGUUAAAUUUAGCAUUACAUGUUACAUUUAGCAUUACAUGUUACAUUUAGCAUUACAUGUUACAUUUAACAUUACAUGUUACAUUUAGCAUUAUAUGUUAAAUUUAGCAGUACAUGUUACAUUUAGCAUUAUAUGUUAAAUUUAGCAGUACAUGUUACAUUUAGCAUUACAUGCUACAGUUAGCAUUACAUGUUACAUUUAGCAUUACAUGCUACAGUUAGCAGUACAUGUUACAUUAAGCAUACAUCAGUCCUGCCGCUAUAGGCCAAGACCUCCAGUGCCUUGUGGUUCACUAUGAAAAACAGAACAGUGAAAUAAAGCUGUGGCAACAUCACUGAAAGUGUGUAUGUACAGUGCAUUCGGAAAGUAUUCAGACCCCUUGAGGUUUUACAUAUUUUGUUACCUUCCAGCCUUAUUCUAAAAUGGAUAACAAAACAAAUCCUCAUUGAUCUACACAAAAUAACCCAUAAUGACAAGUGAAAACAGGUUUCUCAACAUUUUUGCAAAUGUAUUAAAAAUAAAAAAUGGAAAACCCUUAUUUACAUAAGUAUUGUGUCAAGGCACAGAUCUGGGGAAGGGUACCAAAAAGUGUCUGCAGCAUUGAAGGUCCCCAAGAACACAGUGGCCUCCAUCAUUCUUAAAUGGAAGAAAUUUGGAACCACCAAGACUCUUCCUAGAGCUGGCUGCCAGGCCAAACUGAGAAAUCGGGGGAGAAGGGUCUUGGUCAGGGAGGUGACCAAGAACCCGAUGGUCACUCUGACAUGGCUCUAGAAUUCUUCUGUGGAGAUGGGAGAACCUUUCAGAAGGACAACCAUCUCUGCAGCACUCCAACAAUCAGGCCUUUAUGGUAGAGUGGCCAGACGGAAGCCACUCCUCAGUAAAAGACACAUGAAAGCCAGCUUGGAGUUUGCCAAAAGGCACCUAAAGACUCUCAGACUGGGGCGAAGGUUCACCUUCCAACAGGACAUCGACCCUAAGCACACAGCCAAGACAACGCAAGAGUUGCUUCGGGACAAGUCUCUGAAUUUCCUUGAGUGGCCCAGCCAGAGCCCGGACUUGAACCCGAUCUAACAUCUCUGGAGAGAGCUGAAAAUAGCUGUGAAGCAACGCUCCCCAUCCAACCUUACAGAGCUUGAGAGGAUCUGCAGAGAAGAAUGGGAGAAACUCCCCAAAUACAGGUGUGCCAAGCUUGUAGUGUCAUACCCAAGCAGAUUGUUGUAGAGGUUGUAAUUACUGCCAAAAGUGCCUCAACAAUGUACUGAGUAAAGGGUCUGAAUACUUAUGUAAAUGAGAUAUUUCUGUUUUUUAUUUUUAAUAAAUUAGCAACAAUUUCUAAAAAACUGUUUUUGCUUUGUCAUUAUGGGGUAUUGUGUGUAGAUUGAUAAGGGAAAAAACGAUUUAAUGCAUUUUAUAAUAAGUCUGUAACCUAACAAAAUGUGGAUACUUUCAGAAUGCACUGUAUGUGUAUGUCACACACACACACACACACACACACACACACACACACACACACACACUUAGUACGGGGGGGGGGGGGGGUAAGCUUGCCAUGUCUAUGCAGAGUGUUUGUGUGUUUUAUCACAAGCCGAAGGAGUUUCCACACACGCUCACACACACUUGCUCUUGUUGACGGAGAAACUUCAUGGCUUGUAGUUUGUGUGCAGAAGAAUCCUUAAAAAGAGGAAGAGAGUCGUCAAACACUUAUCUGUUCACUCAGCCACUCAAUCUACUUAGUGUGCAGCAAUAGUUCUGUGUAUGUUUCUGAAUAAGUCUUUCACAUUAUUUUGCAUGUUGAAGAUUAUUAAUCAUAUGCUAGAACCCAAAGAAAAGCACAUGUAUAUUCUUAUUAUUACACUGAUAUACUUGACCAUGCCAACUAAAUAGCAUUACUCUUCCUGUACAUACAGAACAUAGAGGGGAAGGGGAUACCUAGUCAGUUGCACAACUGAAUGCAUUCAACCAAAAUGUGUCUUCCUCAUUUGACCCAACCCCUCUGAAUCAGAGUGGUGCGGGCUGACUUCAUCAACAUCAUUGGCACCCAGGGAGCAGUUGUUAGGGGUUAAGUGCCUUGCUCAAGGGCAGAACAGUAGAUGUUUCCACCUUGCCAGCUCGAGAUUUGAACCAGUGACCUUUCAGUUACUGGUCUAACACUCUUAAUCACUAGACUUCUUGUUGCCCCCUAGAUAGGCCUAAUGCAAAAGUCUUCCUGUGACAAUUAGCUAGAUAGAUUUAGAUAUACUAGAUUUGCCAUUUUUGUCAAAGACAGAGAGGGAUGCAUGUAUGACUAUGCAUUUCAAGAUUCCUGUGUGUUUUAAAUCUACAGUACUUUCAAACACCUUUUUAAGAAUUUAUAUUGCCAACUGGCAGGUGUCCCAAAUCUAGAACAUGAACCCUUCCCUGCUGCUCCCCUCUUUCUUCUGAUGUUGAACUCUUGAACUCUAGAACCAGCCCUGAAUCAGUCAAGUAUCAAAUUAAUUAGAUGGAAGAAAUUAAGCUACCAGACCUUACAAGCUACUUGUAACCAACAAUCUUUCAUAUAAUUAGUUUUGACCCAAUCAUAGCCUUUUGAAAGUAGAAGGCUCUCAUUGGCUAACAUGACUCAUCCUGCCCUUUGGUCUUGGUCAAUGAGGGUCAGAUUCAGAGAUUUAUUUCCAUAUCACCUAUACAUGAUUGCAUCCUCUUCUCAUAUUAUGUCAUUACUCAACCAUAUUUGAUUUUGUUUUGUUAUUAUUCUUCCCAAAUGCUCAUUCAUAAAUACCGUAUAAGCAGGACUCAUUGAGGAGUAAGACAAGAGUCCUCGGGUUGUAGUCCCUAAUUUAUGAUGAGUAAACAGACCAAAACUAUUCCUCUCACCUCCCAGUCCCCAAACUGUGUAACUCAUUCAAUAAAAUAAUUUCUAUGAAA